AUGGGCCAAAUCGUGGAGCUGGGAACAUUAGACCUGGCGCUCUGCGGCGGAUACCUGGCCUCCGUGCUACUCGUGGGUCUCUUCUUCACCUUGCGCGAGCAACGUGAGCGUGAGAGAAAUCGCCUGACGCGUCUGCACCACCAAGCACUGCUGAACGCCGGGGCCAGAGACCCCGAACGCCUCGACGCCACUCACAGCUCCAAGUCAGCCAAGAACGGCGAUGCACUAGAGGAAUACUACCUUGGAGGAAGACGCAUCCCGUGGUACGCGCUGGCCGUGGCCGAUGUGAGCUCCUACAUCGACAUAUCGGGCACCAUGAUCAACACGGCGCUAGUUUACGCGCUGGGUGUAAAGGGCAUGUACAUUGAGAUCCGUGGCGGUCUGUGUCUGUUCUUGGCCUUCCAGCUGGCCUACACCGGCAAGCUAUCACGUCGGUGUCCAGUCAAAACGAGAGGAGAAUGGAUCAAAUUUAGGUUCGGAACCCGCCUUGAUGCUGUCCUACUACGCACUACCAUUGCUAUUACGUCCCUGACGAGCGGUGUUCUUGCAACAACGUACUUUGCAGUGGGUGGGGGAAAAUUCUUCACGGAGUUUGUGAAGCUACCAGAGUGGGGAGGGCUACCGUCUGAGUUCUGGGCGGCAGCCUUGUUAAUGGCAGUGGCGAUGCUGUACACCAUUGCAUCUGGUUUCUCCACUGUCGUGUACACUGACGUGUACCAGAGUCUCUUCAUCUUCACGUCGUGA